CGUUCAACCAUUUCGCAUUUAUUUUUUUCUUUUUGCUGAAUCAAACAGUUAAAUUGAUAGGGAAAUUUAGACGUUUUUUCUUCUUUUUUCUUUUAUAAUGGCGAUGUUUAACGUUGUUGCCAUUGUUCUGGCGAUUACGGCCCAGUUUUGUAUUUUAGAAUCGAUUCAGCCCGUCAACGCUCUAUAUAAAUCAGCAUCAACAGGAAGAAUGUUUGGCAAGAUAAAAGGCAUUUUUGGAGGGGCAUCGAGCAGUAUGGCGAAAGCCCAAGCUCAUGGCCUAGCUUCAUCGUCGUCGUCGUCGUCGUCGUCGUCGUCGUCUAGCAGUGUUUUUUCUGGAUCUUCAUUACAUUUUGAUCAAGACACUGUCAUCAAUAAAAAUCCCGGUUUUUUCGUCGAUAAUUUUGGAUGUUUGAAGCGUUGUCCAAGAUGCAGUCAGGAAUUGCAUUCAUACAUAAAGGUAAAUCAUUAUAGUGGUGGCAACGGUUUCAUUGGCAGUGACAGUAAUAGUUUCAGUAGAGCUAUGAGCAGCGGUGAUCAACAAAGUCAGUACUUUAGUCAAGGUAGUUCCCAGAAUGGUUUUACUGGACAAUUUAAACAGGAUCACACAAGUAAAAUUGCGAUGGGUGAAGCACACAAAACGCAUGAAGGCUUCUUUUUCAAUACAGUCACCAAUACCUGGGAAAAGUUGCAAAACGCAAGAACUCAUGUUCAGUCUGCUGGCGGUAUUCAAAUUAAUAAGAUUGCUGGAGGAGUAGCCAAUACGAUCGCCACUGGAUCUGUAAUUAACAGUCAUGGUGAAGGCAAAUCGUCGCAAGGUUAUCGAACUGGUUAUGAGAGUAAUAGUCAUCAAGCCAUUAAUGGCGGUGUUUACCAAAGUCACAGCUCUGGAUUUUCAGAGCGGUCUCGAUCCUUUAGCGAAGGAGAAGAUCACAUGUCAACACAACAACAGCAACAAUCUUCACAAGUCAUGAUGGGCGAAGCAAAAGGCUUUUUUGGAGGGGUAUUGAGCAGUACGGCGGAAGCCCAAUCUUAUGUCCAGGAGUUGGCUUCAAGUGUAUCCUCCUCUGAAAAAAUAACGAAUAUGGGGCAUAUGGCAAAUAUGGCGAAAUCAUCUGCGCAGGCAAUGCUCUCUGGAAACUCUGUGAAAGAGAGCCAUAUGUUUGGAAAAAGUCAGAGCCACGAAGAGAUGCAAGAACGAUCAAGCAUUGAAUUCAGUAAACACAGCGAACAGAUGACCAAGCAUAGUGAACAUAGUCAACAUAGUGAACACAGCGAACAUAGUGAACAUAGGGAACACAAUUCAAGUCAUAAAACUGCAAAAUCAGGCUAUUGUCAGAGUUGCGCGUGCCAAAAAUCUGGACAACAACAUUCUAGUGCUAGUGCAGGUGCUUUUGGGAACAGUAAUGUUGGACACGGAAGCGGCCAUGCUUUGUCUACAGCCACUGCGAAGGCUGACGCUUCCUCCUACGGAGGAGGAGGAUACGGAAGCGGCCAUGCUUCGUCUACUGCCACAGCGAAGGCUGACGCUUCCUCCUACGGAGGAGCAGGAUACGGAACCAAGGCUGACGCUUCCUCCUACGGAGGAGGAGGAUACGGAAGUGGCCAUGCUUCGUCCAACGCCGCUGCGACUGCUGACGCUUCAUCAAACGAUGGCUAUGCACAAGCAUUCGCCACAUCCUCUGCAAGUGCUGGUUUUUAG